AUUAUAAUUGGUUCGUUACUACUGAAACCAUUGGAUUACUGCAUAAAUCCUGAAAUUGAUGUAUUUUAAAAGGAAAUACCUAUAUGAAGAUCUGUAAAAGAGAAAACUAUUUAAAAUGAUUACAAUUCAUGGAUUGUGCUAUUUUGGUGUAAUGGAAUCAUUGUAUCGUGGAGAAAGUGCGAUGGUACAUUUGAAAAUGUGUCGAUGCGAUGCUACUCACGUAUCAACCAGGCUGCUUCCGCGAUAUAUAACCCCCCACGGUCUACUCAAUGUCAGAAUAGCUAUUGAUUUUCAUCGACUAUAAUACUGUCAGUGUUUUUUAACGAUAAACUUUUUGGAGACACUCGAGAAGUUUUGACACAUUUAAAACAUGCUGAAAUAUACAGCGCUUUGCUGCAUGAUGUUUUUGUCUGUGCUUGGAGAACCACCUAUUCAAGGUGUCAGACCAACCAAUGUAUUGGGCAGUUCUGAUCAACAUGCAUCUUUCAGUUUUGUUAGACCAGGCUUAACACAAACAGCUUUUGCAUUCAGUGGCCCUAGCUCUCACCAGUCAUUUAGUUCUAGCAUUGGAAAUCCUUAUUUGGCACAAAAAGUUUUACCAAACGUUGCUAAUGCGCUUACAUAUAGAAAUCCCGGCUUAGGUACAUUUCCAGUUGGUCCUAUUGCACAGGGUUACGCAACUGCACCGGCUGCACCUACAUUUGUACCUUUUCCAUCUGCACCACUGCCUUAUCAAACUUCUGCAGAUCCUGCCACAAUUUUAGCUUAUUAUCAGCAGUUACAACAAAUUCAGCAACCUCAACUAAAUGGUUAUUCUGCAGCUACUGCAUAUCAAGCACAAUUGGCACAACUUCUUGCGUUGAGACAAGCUCAGGCCCAGGCCCAGGCCCAGGCUCAGGCUCAGGCUCAGGCUCAAGCUCAGGCUCAAGCUCAGGCUCACGCUCAAGAACAUUUGCAUGCUACACAAAUACAACAGGUAUCAGAACAGGCUGAAUUACAACAGGACGGACAGGAACAACAACAGGAACAAAAAUCACAAAAUUUGUUAGGAAUUGCCUACUCAUCUGCACCUGCAGUUGCACGAGUUAAAGUAUCUGGGAAUGGCUAUAAAUUUGAUUUUUAAGAAAUAUAAAUGUACAUAGCAUUUAAAUUUAACUUUAUAUAUCGUUCAUAUUGUAUUUAUUUAUUUACAUUGAUUUAAAGAGUGCAUAUAUGCUACUAUAUAUGUGUGUAUGUAACGAAUACUAAAAUUUUGUAAUAUUUUUAUCAAGAA